AUGCCCACCUUGAAAAACAAAAUCGGACCAAUCGCGGGCGCCCCUCCUUCGGAGGUUAUAUUGCCUGAAUAUGUCUACUUCAAAAACCCGGCUGGUCAGUACCUCAAACAUUUGCCCAACAAGAUUGGCUGGUACGGCCUCAAGUGGGAGCCAACCCAGCCCGAUCUCAAUACCCGUUUCAAGAUCAUUCAAAUCCCUAACCAUCCUGGGAAAUUCUAUGCUACAGGUCCUUCCGCGACGUACUACACCGCCGCUUUGUAUUACAAGCGGUCUGGAGAUACCAAGUACUACGACUCUGACCAGCAGACGAUGCCCUCGAACGCCCCGAACCCGAACCCCGACUUUGUCUGGCGCAUCGUCUCCCUGGGUGGGAACGACAUCUACCUCAUCCGUGAUGCGACGUACGACAGCGAGACUGUCUUCUUCAGUAACCACGACAACCGGCGUUACAAGCUCUGGGACCACAACGACAAUUCCUGGCUCGAUGUCGUCCGCGCAACCACCUACGCCAACGAUUCGAACAGAAUUAAAGUCGAGCGUGCAGCAGUCAAGACUGAGGUGUAUGACGUCAAGUAUAAGGUCGACGAUGCAGAUCUGGUCGAGCUCAACCCGACGGUUGCGAUUGAGAAAGUGUUGGAGAACAAUACAGGCUCUGAGGGGUCUCAGAGUGUCUCCUACACUUACACGAAGAGCGACGAGGGGAACUGGAACAACGUCGCCGGAAUCGAAUUGGGUCAAUCGUUCACGUUCAAAGCUGAAGUGCCUUUCAUCGCUUCGACCGAGAUAGGAAUUUCCUUCACAGAGUCUUACCAACACGAAUGGGGUGGGUCGACCAUUGAGUCCACCUCGGUCACCACCUCGACCAACAUCACUGUCCCUGCGCACACCACUAUCAAGUUGACUGUGUUGAUCUACAAGACUCAGCUCAACAUCCCGUUCACCUACACGGAGAGGAUUACUCUGUACGACGGAACGUCUGUCGAGAACAAGAACAAGGAGGGCAUUUAUUAUAAUGUCCAGUUCAUCAAAGACCAUGCGACCACUGACAUUAUCGAGAGGAAGUGA